AGAAGAAAGAGGUGAAGACAUGGAGGAAGAGAUGAUGAUGAACAAUGAUACUUCCCCAAGAUGGAAACUUUACGAAAACCCAUUUUAUAUUAACACUCCUCCUCAUGAAUCCUCCACCACCAACACCAACCCAUUCAAAAGGAGAAUGGAUUCGGAGCUUCAUCUUGCGCUCAACCACAUCCUGGAGCUCCAAACCCAGCUUCGCUACGAGCGGAAGGCUCGUAAAAAGGUCGAGUCUUUGGCGAAGAGGCUGCUCAAGGAGCUGAAUGAAGAGAGGAAGCAAAGGAAAGCCAUGGAAGGAGUGUGUCAUGAGCUUGCUACACACAUUUCACCUCAUCAACCCCACAAGGAGAUUCAAGAGGAGCGCAACAUGCUGAGCUUGGCUCAGGCUUUGCGUGAAGAGAGACUACAAAUGAAGCUUGCUGAAGUAAAAACCGUGUUCGGAACCACCACCACCACAUUUCCCGGCGGUGGAAGGUACGGACGGCGGAGGGAUUGAAAAGUAGAGAUUCAGAUGCCAAAUUGGAGUGUCAGAUGGCUCAGCUUAAAGUUUUACUGAAACCAAAAGGGACUGUCGGAUCCAACAACCUCAUUAUUACCUAAUUUAGUUCGUCUCUUCUUCA